AUGUCGAGGGAAACAGUCAGCGUCAAGGUGGAAUUUGGAGGAGGAACGGAACUGCUAUUGGCACCACCGCACGAGAAGAAGCACAAGAUCACUUUGCCGCGCAACAAUGCUUCAGGCCAUCCAACCAACGUCACUGCUCUGAUCGAGUACAUUCGCAAGAAGCUCAUUACUGAGCGAGAAGAGCUGUUUGUUGAUCGUGACUCUGUUCGAGCGGGUAUCCUCGUUCUCAUCAACAACGGCGAUUGGGAGCUUGAAGGCCAAGGCGACUACGUCUUGCAAGAUGGCGAUGAGAUCGUCUUCAUCAGCACUUUGCACGGUGGCUAG